AGUGAAAGAACAGAAAAUGAAGCUCUAAUAAGCACAUUCCAUGGCAUGAUUUUGGUCCGUGCCAACUAGCACACUCCCAGAUGACAGCUGUGGCAGGAUGGCGUGGGAGAGAGACUGUUCUCAACAGGCAUUAUUGACGAGGUGACAUUGGUGACGGAAGAAGGACAAGAAUGAUUACAUAUCCAUAACUCCCAGCAGUAUGUCAGGGUAUAUACCCAGUUACUUAGACAAGGAUGAGCUAUGUGUAGUAUGCGGGGACAAAGCCACCGGAUACCAUUAUCGCUGCAUCACUUGCGAAGGUUGCAAGGGUUUUUUUAGAAGAACCAUUCAGAAGAACCUCCAUCCAACCUAUUCCUGUAAAUAUGAAGGAAAAUGUGUGAUAGACAAAGUAACAAGAAAUCAGUGCCAGGAAUGUCGCUUCAAAAAAUGUAUCUUUGUUGGCAUGGCAACAGAUUUGGUGUUGGAUGACAGCAAGAGGUUGGCAAAGAGGAAGCUGAUAGAAGAAAAUCGAGAGAAGAGACGUCGGGAAGAGCUGCAGAAAACCAUUGGGCACAAACCAGAGCCAACAGAUGAGGAAUGGGAGCUCAUCAAAAUUGUUACUGAAGCACAUGUGGCCACCAAUGCACAAGGAAGCCACUGGAAGCAGAAAAGGAAAUUUCUGCCAGAAGAUAUUGGGCAGGCACCAAUAGUUAAUGCCCCAGAAGGUGGGAAAGUGGAUUUAGAAGCCUUCAGCCAGUUUACAAAAAUUAUCACACCAGCGAUUACAAGAGUGGUGGAUUUUGCCAAAAAGUUGCCUAUGUUUUGUGAGCUGCCAUGUGAAGACCAGAUCAUCCUUCUGAAAGGCUGCUGUAUGGAGAUCAUGUCCCUCCGAGCAGCAGUUCGCUAUGACCCCGAGAGUGAGACUUUAACACUAAAUGGGGAGAUGGCGGUGACAAGGGGCCAGCUGAAAAAUGGGGGUCUUGGCGUAGUGUCUGAUGCCAUUUUUGACCUGGGCAUGUCUCUUUCUUCAUUUAACCUGGAUGACACCGAGGUUGCUCUUCUUCAGGCUGUUCUGCUCAUGUCAUCAGAUCGCCCAGGCCUUGUUUGCGUGGAGAGGAUAGAAAAGUGUCAAGAGGGUUUCCUCCUGGCAUUUGAACACUACAUUAAUUACAGAAAACACCAUGUUGCACACUUUUGGCCAAAACUGCUGAUGAAAGUGACAGACCUGCGAAUGAUCGGAGCCUGCCAUGCCAGCCGCUUCCUGCACAUGAAGGUGGAGUGCCCCACAGAACUGUUCCCUCCUUUGUUCCUGGAAGUGUUCGAGGAUUAGAGACACUGAGGUGGCUCUCCACACCCCUGUCGCACUACUGGCUGUCAUUUCAUCCCGUUGCCCAGCUCUUCUCAUCUGUUUGUUCUUCUUCUUUCGUGGUCUUCUGUUUCUUGAGAUGGGGCUGGGGUUUUGUUUGGGUUUUCUUUUGGGGUUGCUGGGGGCAGUUGUAUACACAUGGAUGAAAACAUCCCUUUAAUGCGGGUACUUGUGACUAUUGCAAUUUGUUCUUCAGUCCUUUGAUGUGAGUGCUUUGACAGCUUAACAGUGAAAAUAUGAACAGACCAAUUUCAUUCACCAGCAUUUGCGUGGUCACCAGCUCACACCCAUCACUGCCUGGAAAAUAGGGGAGAGAGAUUGAAGUGGCAGAAAAAUAAAUUGGCCUUCAAGUUAAAACAGCUAUUGUUAAUUUGAUCCGGACAAUUCUGUCUUAUAUCACCUUCUUUUGCAGGGUACAACUGACCAAUUCAUAAUACAAAAUUUCUGGUCUUUGUGAUUGUUUCUAUUGUAACAAUUACCACUGUGAUCUAGGAUCUUCAUCAUCAUCAUCAUCAUCAUGAUCCCAUCGUUCUCUGAGGUUUUUUCCAGCAGAUGCAGUUUAACUGUGCCCCAUAAAUCAACUACUUAAAAUAAUGCAGAGUGUUAGAAGGGACUGAGUAUUUUUUUUUUCCAUGUGUAUAAGAUAUUAAGAUCUUAAGUUACUAAAUUUAGACUCCAGGUAACUUCACUGGAAGGUUUGUUGGAGUGAGGAGGGAAAUUUGAUCCUCUGAGGUGCUUGUCCUGAUAGUGGAGGGGUCUGUUUUUUCUGAGGUGUGUGGAAAAUCCAUCACUCUGAGGAAGAAGGCUCUCUGUCAGGAUAGCAGGCAGUGUCUCAGAGUUGUUCAGGGACAUGAGGGCUCACAGAAUGAGGACAAGCAGAAUGAAACAUACGGGGUGACCUUCAGAUGGGACAGAAACCAACUGUGUUAACAACACUCAAGACUGUAGAGCUUUAUCCCAGUAAUACAAAUAGUGUUGCUCGGCAG